UGAUUCUAUACUUGGUCACUCCCGGCGAGACAUUGGGCCGCUUACCCUCUUGGGAGCUGUCACAAGCUGGACAUGUUUGCUCGGCGCAGAGCCGCAGGCAUUCAGCUGCCGGAAUGGUCAGAAGUAGAGGGACUUCUCCUCUCGUCUGGCCUCGCUCUGCAUUCUCUUUUUCAUCCAUCAACCAACCCCUCGACCAGCAGCCCCUCAAACUUGCCUUCUUGCCUCCUGACGACUGGGUGAAGAGGUUGAAGAAUCACGAUUGAAUCCUCGGGCGACCAUGGCUUCCCCGAGUGAAUAUACGGGCUACUUUAUUGGCUAUACUGCCCUGUCCGGAGUGUACAUCAUACCCUUGACUGUGCUCUGGUUCAUUACUUUCUGUCUUGCGCGCAAGCACCAUGACCCCGCGCGGGUCGGUAUCGUAUGGUUGAAGGCGGUGUUUCCUGUUUGGCUCUCGGGGUUGGCGUUAGCUCUCGGCAGAGCGUGUGUACAUAUUUAUAUACAAUUUAACGACGACGCCACCUAUGCCCAAAGCUUCAGGGUGCAGCUAGUUAUCGGGCAACUUUUGACCACCGCCUCCUUCCUAUUUUACCUCGCCGACAUCUUCCUCUUCAUCACCUUUGUCGAGCUCGCCGGUGGCUACACGGUCUGCCUUAGGAACCCCGCCGAGACAACUCGAACCCGUAAAUUCGGUCGCAUUGGUAUCUUCGCAUGGAGCGGCGUUCUCUUCGUCUUAAUCCUAUCCCUCUUCGCCCUUCGCCACUCGUUUUACGCCAGAAUCACUUCAUGGGCCGACUUCGGGUCAUGGUCUGACAUCGACUUCCAUGUCACCAGCUUACGCCUGGAAGGCGGAGUUAAAAUACUCUUAUGGCUCACCAGCAUCCCCAUGGUCGGUUUGGGUUCGUUUACCGUCCACAAGGCCAAGAAUCACCCGCUCUUCCGCAGCGGCUCGGUCCUCUUCCUGGUGGCCACCAUCCUUGACUUCGUCCGCCACACCAUCGCCAUGGCCAUUUUUGCGCAGGGCUAUCUUAGCAACGCGCCCAGGGCCGUUACCAUCGGGCCCGCUAUCGAACCGGCCGUCGAUUGGAUUGUCGAAUCCUUUUUCAACUUCACCCUCAUGUUCGUCCUCCUCGUCAUCCUCUUCGCUCUGGCCAUCCGCACGCACAAGGGCUUGUGGUCGCAACCGCAGCCGGGGUGGGGCCACCAGACCGUGGUGUAUGGGCCUCCUAUGCCCUAUCCUCCAGGGCAAGUCCCGGUAGGCAUGGUACCGGCCCAGCCACAAUACAUGCAACAACAGCCGACGCAGGGUAUGCCGGCGUACCUCCAGGUUGCGCAGCAGCAGCAGCAGGGGCAGGGGCAGCAGGGAUACUAUUACUAUCCCCAGCCAGGGCAGCAGCAGCAGCAGCCCCAGCAAAUGCAACAGAUGCAGCAGCAGCCGCCCCAACAAACGCAGCAGCAGCAGCAGUCCGACGAGCCGCAGCCUGUACCCCAACAACAAACUAGGGACCAGCCGAAGACAACUGAGGAUGUUUAAGCCUACCCGGAUGGUUGGGUUGGGGCGAGCCCGGUAUCGACCGGCGAAGGGA